UCCGUUUUGCGGCCGCACCUAUUCUCAUUUUCCCAUCGACGAAGAUAAACCCUCUCCCUUACCCUUUCUUCCUCUCCGUCUGCCAUGGCCUCCUACUCCGAUUCUGGGGUGGCUCAGGCUGCGGAUGUAGUCUCUCAUCAGUCGCCUCCGGUUCCGAACGAAUCAACUGUCUCCAUCCCCGAGGAAGGCCGCGACGGCGUGACCGAGGUGACAACCCCGAAGGGUGGCGACGAGCUUCCUCAAGCCGAAUCCACCCUCCAAGAUGCUGCGGACGGGACCUCCCUCGGCUUGCAAGAUAAGAUUGUUACUCCGGACGAUGCCGUGGCCGGCACUCCAUUUACUGAUGGUGAGGUAGCGCAAACCUCUCCCGGUUACUUAGCUCCUUAUGCCUUCGAGCGAGAUGGGAAUUCUAUCUCGGCUGAUGAAGGAGCGAGCUUGUCCCAGGCGGAUGACGGGGUGGUGCAGGUUUCGAGCAAGAGCCUCGACUUGGAAGAGAAUUCCGCUGAUGGAGGCGCCGUAGGAGGAAUAGUUCAACUGGAGGAGUCUUCAUCCUUGGGUUUUGUUCAAAACUCGGAGAAAGAAGGGAUUCCAGAUGGUGGAUUGUCUGAAGAUGUACCUGGUACCAUAUCAGAGGACCGGAUGGAGAAGAAGGCUAUUGAAGGUCAGUCGAGCGAAGGUUAUGUUGUUGAGCGAGUCCAGGAUAAUGAGAUUCUGAGUUCUCCAAAUGAAAAUUAUGAUGCUUCUAACGAGAUGGAGGUACCUAUUUUUGCAGUAGAGGGAAAUUCUAAACCCGUGGGUAUUCAAUUUGCGGAUGCAAAUGGCCAGAAAUUUGAAUCUGGUGAAGAAAUUGACACUGUGCUAAACCUCGACGAGGUUGAGAAGCGUCCGUCUACUGGUAUUGAACCCGUAAAUACUCAAACCGCUGAUGCUAACAAUCAGAAGAUUGAAGAUGAUGGAGAAAUUCAUUUGGUGAGUGGCCUCAGCUUGGUUGAAAAGCCUCUGAAUGCUGAAGCUGAAAUGAUUCAGGCUGCUGACUCAAAGGAUGAGAAAAUGCAAGCUAGUGAAGAAAUUGACACAGAAAGAAGUCUUUAUGUUAAGGAACCUCUGGCCACUAAUGCUGAAACUGAAGAGUUAGAAUAUGCUGAUACGAAGGAUGAGAAGAUUGAAGAUGGUGAAGAAACUGAGGCAGUAAGAAGCCUUGGCGUGUCUGAGAAGGCUCCGGCUGCUGGUGUUGUAGCUGAAAAAAUUCAGGUUGCUGAUUCUAAUCAUAUCAAUCAAAUUUCUGAGGAUACAAUAUCAUGCAAUGCCAGUGAAGACUUGAAGAGUAGCUACCUGGAUGGUAAUAUCCUUGAUCCAUCAAUUGUGGGAGAAAGUGGUGAGCCAGUACUUGUCUCUGAUGCAGCGGAGGAAUCUGCUGAUGCCACUCAGGCAGCUUCUACUGAUGGUAUCGUGGGGUUUUAUGAGGUAGAGGAAAGUGAACAAGAGGAAGGCUUUGUUUCUGAUGUGCAUGCUAGAGUGGCAAUCAUAGAAAGCUCUGAAACAGCCAAGCAGAUUAUACAAGACAUGGAGAAAGAUUCUUCCAGCCACAAUGAUAACUCAGUAUUUAUGCAUGAUGCAGAUGGUGAGAUUGUUGUUGAAUCUGAUGAAGAGGUGGACACUGACGAGGAUGGCAAUGGUGAGGAGAUAUUUGAUUCUGCUGCACUUACUGCUCUACUUAAAGCAGCUGCUGGUGCGUCUCCUGAUGGCAAUAUUACUUUAAGCUCCCAAGGUGCUGGUAGGAUCUUCUCUGCUGAAGUCCCCGCAGGACUAGGUUCAUCAGUUUCAACAUUGAAAUCAACAGCACCACGUUCUCUACGUUCAAGUUUGUUUACUCCAUCGGAUUUGUCAGUAGUUGGAGAUGAUGAGAUAAUGGAUGAGGAAGAAAGGAAACUUCAUGAUAAGGUUGAGCAGAUAAGGGUGAAAUUCCUUCGCCUUGUUCUGAGGUUGGGGCAUUCUCCUGAUGAUAUUGUUGCUGCUCAAGUCCUCCAUCGUCUUGGUCUUGCAGAGGGGAUCAAGCGAGCAAGGCAAAAUGGCCAUUCUUUUAGUGUUGAAAGUGCAAAGAGGAAGGCAAUGCAGCUAGAGGCUGAUGGCAAGGAGGAUUUGAAUUUCUCCUGCAAUAUUCUUGUCCUUGGAAAGACUGGGGUGGGCAAGAGUGCUACUAUUAAUUCUAUUUUUGGCGAUCAGAAGACUAAGACCAAUGCAUUUCAACCAGCCACAACUUAUUUGAGACAGAUUUCAGGAACUUUAGAAGGGAUUAAUAUUCGAGUGGUUGAUACUCCAGGACUCAGUACGUCUGCAAUAGAACAAUCAUCAAACAGGAAGGUACUCAUCUCAAUAAAGAAGUUUAUCAAAAGUUGCCCUCCUGACAUUGUUCUCUAUGUAGACCGCCUGGAUACUCAGACACGCAAUCUCAAUGAUUUGCCUCUGUUACGCUCUAUUACCAGUAUAUUGGGUUCAUCCAUCUGGUUCAAUGCUAUUGUUGCACUCACACAUGCUGCUUCUGCUCCACCAGAAGGGCCAAAUGGAUCUGCUCUUAGCUAUGAGAUGGUUGUAGCUCAGAGGUCACAUGUUGUUCAACAAUGUAUUCGUCAAGCAGCUGGAGACAUGCGUUUGAUGAAUCCAGUUGCCCUUGUUGAGAACCAUCCUUCUUGUAGAAGAAACAAAGAGGGUGAAAGGGUACUACCUAAUGGCAAAAGUUGGAGAACAGAGAUGCUUCUUUUGUGUUACUCUUCAAAGAUAUUAUCUGAAGCUAAUUCCCUUCUGAAGCUUCAAGAUGCUUCUUCUGGGAAGCUCUUUAAUUUCAGGUUUCGGUCUCCACCUCUUCCAUAUUUGUUGUCAUCACUUCUGCAAUCCAGAACACACCCAAAGUUAUCUGCUGAUCAGGGUGGUGAAAAUGAUGGUUCGGAUUUUGAUUUGGAUGAUUUAUCAGAUAUAAAUGAAGAGGAAGAUGAAUACGAUCAACUUCCACCCUUUAAACCCCUUAAAAAGGCUCAGCUUGGGAAACUUACUAAGGAGCAACGCAAUGCCUACUUUGAUGAAUAUGAUUACCGGGUUAAACUUCUUCAGAAAAAGCAAUUGAAGGAAGAACUAAGAAGAAUCAAAGAGAUGAAGAAGAGAGGAAAAAAUAAGCAAGAUGAUCUUGGUUAUGGUUAUGGUGAUAUUAGUGAAGGUGAUCAGGAGGGUUCACCUGCAGCUGUGCCAGUACCUUUACCAGAUAUGUCCUUGCCACCUUCGUUUGACUGUGAUAACCCAGUACAUCGUUACCGUUUCCUGGAGCCGACAUCGCAGCUUUUGACUAGGCCUGUUUUAGACACACAUGGCUGGGAUCAUGACUGUGGAUAUGAUGGUGUUAGCAUUGAACAGUCUCUUGCUCUUGCUAAUUGCUUUCCUGCAGCUGUUGCUAUUCAGGUCACUAAGGACAAGAAAGAAUUUAGCAUUCAGUUAGAUUCCUCCAUUUGUGCCAAGCACGGAGAAAAUGGUUCGACUCUUGCUGGCUUUGACAUCCAAUCUGUUGGAAGACAACUUGCUUACAUUCUCAGAGGUGAAACCAAAUUUAAAAACUUCAAGAAGAAUAAAACUGCUGGUGGAAUAUCUAUAACCUUCUUAGGGGAAACUAUAGCUACUGGUUUGAAAGUUGAAGACCAGAUUACAAUUGGAAAGAGGGUGAAUCUGGUUGCAAGCACAGGCACCAUCCGUUCUCAAGGUGAUGUGGCCUUUGGGGCCAACCUUGAGGCACGGCUCAGAGACAAAGAUUAUCCAAUUGGCCAAGCCCUUUCUACUUUGGGAUUAUCCCUGAUGAAGUGGCAUGGUGACCUGGCAUUGGGAGCAAAUCUGCAAUCUCAGUUUUCCAUUGGAAGAAACUCAAAGAUGGCUGUACGUGUGGGGCUUAACAACAAGCUCAGUGGGCAAAUUACAGUCAAGACAAGCACCUCAGAGCAGCUUCAGAUAGCACUAAUUGCUCUAGUUCCAACUGCAGUUUCACUAUUCAGGAGUUUCUGGGCUGGAUCGCAAGCCUUUCUUCAGCACUCCUGUUGGCGGGGAGACUGAAGCAUUAGACAGAUUAAAGAAGUAUGCUGCUGAAUGGCAAGCACAGCCUAACAAAGCAAGGACUUCCACCACAGAUAGCAUAUAUGGUGCUACUUUCUCAUGCAAAAUCUCACCAUGGCUAUCAACAGGAUGCAUUUCUCC